CUUUGCGCGUGCGCAGUUCGAUCCCAGGGGCAGCCGAUGUGGCUCUGGGAUAAGUAGUUCAUCGGAGUGGAUGCUGUGGUUUCGCCAACCACUGCGAUGAAACUUGUCACGAUUGCAGCGUUUUCUUUGCUUUAUUUCUACGCGUUUGUACGAGCAGACGACGACGCGAGACUACCGAAUAAAUGUGAAGUGUGCAAGUUUCUCACCGUGGAGCUUCAGGAAGCCCUGCGGAGAAGCGGCCUCUCUAAAGAAGUGCUGGAGGUGGGAGAAGUGCUGGACACAGGCAGGAGAAGAAAAACUAUCAAGUACAACACUUCGGAGACCCGUCUGAUGGAGGCCAUGGACAACAUAUGCGAGCGCAUCCUGCAGUAUAGCGUUCACGCGGAACGGCCGGGCAGCCUGCGUUACUCGAAGGGUUCCAGCCAGACCAUGACCACGCUGAAGAACCUGGUCCACAAAGGUGUCAAAGUGGAUUUGGGCCUGCCGUACGAACUGUGGGACGAGCCCUCCGUCGAGGUGACGGACAUGAAGAAACAGUGCGAGACCAUGUUAGAGCAGUACGAGGAAGUGGUGGAGGUCUGGUACUUCCGCCAUCAGGACCAGAAGCUGGAGGACUUUCUGUGCGAGAGGCAUGUUCUCGGGGCGGGCGAGAGAGAAUGUCUCAAUGAGGUGUGGAAGGGAGACCGUGCAAGCAGCAGAGGCGCUGAGGAGGACAGCGCAAAGACGAGACUUGCUGAUGAACUGUGACCAGCAGAAUAGCGGAGUGACGGUGAAAUGGCACGUCAUCGUGCAUUUUGUGCUGGCUCCGCCCCUUAGUGCACUGAUGACGUGCUCCCUCAACUAUUUCAUGUCUUUGAACACUUUUUAGCUUAUGUUUAUAAACACCCACAAAUGCAAUAUGUACAGUUUUACAGCUGAAAUCAAUUGUUUUUAACAUUUAAAAAAAUACUUUUAUUUUCGUAAGAAACGAGCUGUUUCUUCAGUUCGGUUGAAUUUUUUUCCACUUGUUGAGCGCCACACUAGUCAUAACACAAACAGCCACUGGAGGGCGCCGCAAGCAAACAAACAAAGGCGCUUUCCUUGACUUGAUUUAAUCACGUUCCCCGAAAUUAAACCUUCGUUCAUUUUUAAAAGGAGACUUUAACCGCAUCGUAUUUCUUUCCACAGCAGCAAUAAAGUCAAGAAGUCAAAUGAUAAAUCGUUUGCCGGUGACGUACGAAGAGCACGCAAGAAACGAGCUGUUUCUUCAGUUCGGUUGAAUUUUUUUUCCAAUUGUUGAGCGCCACACUAGUCAUAAGACAAACAGCCACUGGAGGGCGCCGCAAGCAAACAAACAAACAAAGGCGCUUUCCUUGACUUGAUUUAAUCACGUUCCCCGAAAUUAAACCUUGGUUCAUUUUUAAAAGGAGACUUUAACCGCAUCGUAUUUCUUUCCACAGCAGCAAUAAAGUCAAGAAGUCAAAUGAUAAAUCGUUUGCCGGUGACGUA